UUGUUUUGUCUUUCGUAUAUUUCCACUGUUAAAACACUUUACAUUAUAUUAUUAAAAUUGCAAUCUAGUUAUUGCGACACUACCGCAAUGGUGCUUACAGUAAAAGAAAAUAUAGCUUUAUUUUCAUGUAUAAGGGACGCUUCCUGUAGCAGGGGUUGGCUUCGUCUAUUGAUGCAGAUUAUUUUUGGAACUAUUAUUGUAACAAGUUUUAUUCUGAUAGUCAUGAUGGCGCUAGAUAACACGACAAAACCACCCCCGAAACCGCCGAAACGAUGUGAGAUUUUACGAUGUCGAAUAGUUUGUUACGAAAUUCCAUAUUUUGGAGAGAAUGAGGAUCAGAUUAUUAAAGCUGUUGCGGCAGCUGAUGUAACUUGUGAAGACAUUGCUGUUGAAUUAAAUGAACCCACAUUCAAAGAUUCAAUAUUACCAGAGUUCUGGCUCUAUCAAAUGCGUUCUAAAGUCAGUGAAAUGGCUAUAAUUGGGGGCAAUAUUAAUUAUAUAACACCACAAGCUUUCUUGAGUCCUUUUAGUAAUAAUCUUAAAGUUUUGAUACUAGAACAACUAAAAUUAGUCUCGUGGGAUACUUAUAUGUUAGUUGGACUUUCAAAUUUGAAGAAACUGUAUGUGAAGGAUUGCAUGAUCGCAGAUAUAAGUAGUAAUGUUUUAAAACCAGUCAACGAAACAUUACAAUAUCUCGACAUUAAAAUAAUUAAUCAUUGGAAUCCACACAACGUUACCGGACGUGGUGAUCUCGAAUUAAGAGAAGUAGAUUUUUCAUUUAACUAUUUUUACGACGUUCUCAAAAAUACAAGCUUUUCCAAAUUAGGAAAAUGCAAAGUAUUAUUUUUAAACUCAUGUAAAAUAACAUCGAUUGCAAAAGGUACUUUCGAUUAUUUACAGAGUUUAGAAAUUUUAUAUUUAAAUAAUAAUUACUUAGUGACGAUUGCGGAUAAUUUAUUUAAGGCGAUCUUACCUCACCGACCACGGAUCGCAUUACAAGAAAACUACUGGCACUGUGAUUGUUUAAAUGUCCAUUUAAGAUCGAUCCAAAAGUCAGGGCUUCUCAUUAUUGAUCCAUUAUGCCACUAUCCAGAGCGAAUAAGAGGAAUGACGUUUACAAACUUCGAAAAAUUUUGUAAGAGUGAAAUUAAAACCCACGAAGGUGAUAAAUCUGUUUCUCUGCAACCUGUGAAAAAUGUGUCAUUUACAUUAUACACCAAUGAACUUUGUAGCUAUAAAAAUGUAUCCUUAUACUCAUCUGACAGUAUAAGAAUAAUCACACCAUCAAGAAGUCAUAGAUGUAAAUUUAAUAGGAUGGCUGAUCUGGGUAUUAAUAUUGGAGCAACGAGAACUUAUUCCUACGUAUGGACAACCAAACAAUGGAUAACGCCGGUAUUUUUUAUGGAACAGAGUCCUUAUACAAUGCUAGAAUUAGAAGCCCUUGAACAACCCGGAAUUGGCCUGGUCUGGUAUCAAUCUUCUUGUUAUACAGACAUUUAUUGUGUUAAUAGAAUUCCAAACGUUUUAAAAGUUUUUAAUGUUAAUUCCGGAGCGCGGUACACUUUUUGUCCUUUCAAUAUAACAGCUGGAAUGAUUGUUCAGUCCGAAUGUUUAUUUUAUGACUUAGGAAGCUUCGAAAGGAAAGAAUAUUUAAAUAUCGUUACCUAUCUGUGUAUAUCUUUAGGUUGUCUAACUUUUGGUGCCGUGUGCGUUUACGCUAUCAUUUUUAAAAAUCCUUCUCUUUUAAGAGCGAAUAAGAGAGUUUUAUUUGUAAAACACAGGUCUAUUGAAGCUCUGAUUCUGCCUCCUUCAGUGCCUUUGAGAAAAAAUUUAAUACACGAAUCGGAUAAUUUUGUGAAGCACUAUAUAAAAAAUCAGAAUAUUUUUGUUUUACCGGGAUUAGGAAUAAAUACACCGAAUUUUAUAAGAUCAACGUCAUCUACAAGAAGCAUAGUAAGCGAUGAUGACAGUUAUAUAUCAGCAUUACAGCCCACCGAGGAACAGCUUAAGGAAUGGCGAGCUAAUCAAAAUAUAAACCAAUGUGAUAAUGGACCCAGUUCUGGCUUUGAUACACCUUUUCCCAGUUUUUACGACUACGACUCUUUUCCCUAUUACACUUUACAUAGCAGUCAGAGAGUGUAUGAAGUCCCCAAAGAAUACAACAAUAAUAAUUUCGAAAAGUUCAAUUAAAUUCUUCUAACAUAUUUCAUGAUUUUGCAAAAUUAUUUGUUCCAAAGCUAUUAACAUUCCUUGACAUAUUAGUCGUAUCUAGGAAGUGUGGACAUCGUUUAUUCUGGUCGUGGUUAAGACGAACAAAUCGGUCAACCAUAUGAGAACGUCUGCGCCCUUUAAGUGAAUCAAUUUCGUACAGCUGUUUUUAGUAAGCAGCGCCAGGACAGAGUUGUAUUGUCUGUGGCAUUGGACGAGAGAUCUAUUUUGAAAAUACACAACAAAAUCGACUAUACCUUUGGUGAUAGUAAUCAUUAGGCAUUAUAAAGACACAUGUAUCUCUUGGCGUAUGUAAUUAAUUUAUUAGAUUAAUAACAUGUUUUAUACUUGUGUAUCCUUAGACUAAAUUUAUUUUGGUGUGGUCUUAAAUAAAAUAACUAUACAGUUUUUUAUUAAAAGAAAAGUAUUGGAUGUUUAAAUCGUUAAGUCCUUUUAAUUGUAUGUCAAUAAAAAUAAUUAGUGAAAUCCGAGGAAGUACCAACAGUAACCAACAUCAUAUUUAUUCACAUUUUCCCAGAUUUUUGUUAAGACCAUUAUUCCAAUGACGGGAAAAUUUAAUACAUAAUAUUUAUUAAAUUAUGUCAGAUUUAAAACUUUAUUUAAAGUAAAAAUUUUAGCUGUUUCUAAUGUAUUGUAUUUAGCUUAAAAUGGUUUCGACAUAUUAAAUAUUUUAGCCACAAAUUGCUAGUUAUUAAAGUUUUGUUUCAAAGUUAAAUUUUUUUGCUAUGCUCGAAACAUACGUAGAACUUUUUUUUUUUUGAGAUUUUAUAAUAAUCUUGCGGUUGAGUUUCGAAAGGCCGUCAAUUAAAUGUUCGAUAUUUUCAUUCUAUGUAUUCUAUUAUUAACAAACUAUAAUCUACUCGUUUCAGUUAUUAUAACGACAUUUAGAAAUAAUCAAUAAUUAAAAUGCUUUCCUUACCUGUUUUAUACGGGAAUUAACGAAUGAUUGUUAAUUUACAACUAAAGUUAAUGGAAU